UUUUUUUUAAAUUUUUUUUUCAAAAUGUUCACAUUUACACACAAACCAUCAAAAAAAGGUUCUUCCAAAGGUGGCGGUGGAAGUUCAUCUUCAGAAGAUUUGGCAGCAAGUGGUGGAAGAUCUUCACCUUCAGAGAGCGGGUCAAUGUCCUCUGCGCAAGGUUAUCCACCUUUAAUGAAUGCUGACAAUGCUUUUAUUGAUUUGAAUGAACAAACUUGUGUUAAAGAAUCUGGACAAUUAAAUGGGCUUCAAUUUACGAUAAGGGGAUGCACGAGUUCAGUUCUAGCUUUACUUGAUUAUGUUUCUUCAGUUAUUAUUGAAGAUUGCAAUAAUUGUAUUUUUAUUUGCGGACCUUCACGUGGAAGUGUUUUUAUGAGAAAUUGUACAAAUUGUCUUUUACUUGCUGCUUGUUAUCAAUUUAGAGCUACAAAUUGUAAUGAAAUUGAGGCACAUUUACACACAACUACACAACCAACAAUUGAAGACACUGAUUUGAUCGUUGCGCCACUUUUAAUGAGUUAUCAGGAAAUGGAUGCUCAUAUGGCAGCAGCGGGACUUGAUCGUACAAAAAAUUUAUGGAAAGAAGUUCGUAAUUUUACUCCAGAUACCGGCAGUUUCCAAACAAUGCCAUUCGAUCCAUUCGGAAAUGGUGCUAUUGCUUGUGAAGUUGUGACUGAUGAAUUACUUGAACGGCUUAGUACUUUUAUGGAACAAGAAUGUUCACAUGAACUCUUGUUAGGUCCUUCUUAG